AAACUAUUGAAAAUAACAAAUGACACCGAAGUUGCAAAUUAGCAAUAACCAUGAAGGUGUUGGUCUUGGUGGUGUUAUCCGCCCUUGUAGCGUUGUGCGCUGGAAGUGCUAUUCCUCUGGUGCCAGGGGAUAACAGCCACUAUGUCGAGGGCGAAAGCCGCUAUAUUUGGAUGCCUGAUGGCGAAGGAGUACCCCAUCUAGUAGACCUGCAGGAACCAGUUGAUGAAGCUUUCUUGCGCAACAGAAAUGGCGCCAACAAUCAGUACUGGCUCUACACCAGAUGGAAUCCCACCAACCCGCAAGUAAUUGUUCAUGGGAAUGCUAAUACCAUUUGGUCUUCCAACUACGUCGCCAGUCGCCCGCUGAAGGUUAUCGUCCAUGGCUGGAACAGUAACGGAAACAGUGCCAUCAACCCUCUAGUCAGAGAUGCUUUCUUGGCCGUUUCUGAUGCCAACGUCAUCGUUGUGGACUGGGGUGCUCUGGCCAACGGUCUCUACGCCACUGCCGCUGCUGGUGUUCCCAGUGUUGGACAGUUCCUGGGAAAUUUCUUAGUGUGGCUGAUCAAUACCGCUGGUGGAAACUGGAACAAUGUCCACCUGGUCGGAUUCAGUCUGGGAGCUCACGUCGUCGGCAACGCUGGCCGCACGGCAGGCGGGUGGCCUGUCCGAGUGACUGGCCUAGACCCUGCUGGUCCACUGUGGAGUGGAAGCGGUAACGCCAUAAAUGGCAACGCUGGCACCUACGUUGAAUGUAUUCACACCGACGGCGGUCUCCUCGGCAUCUUCAACCCCAGCGGCAACGCUGACUUCUACCCCAACGGUGGCAGAAACCCCCAGCCCGGCUGCUGGCUUAGCACCUGCUCCCACAGCCGUGCCUACGAGCUGUUCGCCGCCACUGUCCAUCACAACCAUCUGAACGGACGUCUAUGCGGCGACAUCAACCAAGCUCAAAAUAACCAGUGCACGGGAGGCACGUUACUAAUGGGCAACGGCAAUCUUGCAAAACGAGGCUCGUGCGGUGAUACCAGCGAGAUGGCCCCCGAGUCCAACACCAACGAUGGUGACCAUGUUGGCCGAGUAGCCAAAGUUGAUGAUGAGGACGUUGAUGAUUUCUGCGAUCACUGCUCCGGCCUGGGAAUUUCGAUGCUUGCACGCAUUUCGCGAAUGAACACAAUGCUGAGACACGCUCCUAUCCUUCUCGUCUGUCUAUUUGGGUUAGGCGCCGCUCUGCCGCCGCAACCUAUCUUGAGGAAGUUGGAUGAUCUCCGGUACCAGCAUGCGCGGGAUUCGGCAGGAAACUACCACCUUGUGGACAUGUGGAUGACCCUUGAUGACAUUUUAGAUGUCGCUCGAUUCGACCCUUUGGCGUCCAAUGUGUAUCAUCUAUUCACCAGGGACAACCCGUCAGUGAGUCAGCCGUUGCUGAUGAACAACGCAGCUCUGUUGCAGCAGACUAACUUUAGCAACUCGCGGAGGACCAUCAUACUUAUUCAUGGCUGGAGGGAUGGUGACGUUGCCUCACCUUUUGUCACCAAUCUUGUACCUGCUUUCCUCACCGCCGAGGAUGUGAAUGUGAUCGUCGUGGACUGGAGCGCUGGUUCCAGCGGCCUCUUCGCGUCUGCCAUCGACAACGCGAUCGCCUCAGGUCGCGCUGUAGCUGCGUUUAUCAACUGGCUCAACCAGGAGACGUUCUCUAGCAAUGUGCAGUACCAUAUUGUGGGGCACGGUAUGGGCGGACACCAGGCAGGAGUCGUUGGCAGGACUUUGGGAGGAACUGUUGCCUAUGUUACUGGUUUGGAUCCAUCUCUCGUCGGCUGGAUAAACCAUCCAGACCGCUUCCAAGAAACUGAUGCUAUCUACACAGAAGUCAUCCACACUAACUGCGGAAUCAACGGUUACCUAUCCAGCUUAGCUCAAGUGGACUUCUACCCGAACGGCGGCGAAGCCAUGCCUGGCUGCAGCUCCCAUGCUUGCGACCACGAGAGAGCCAUACACUACUUCGCAGAGUCCGUCGUCAGUGGUGGUUUCACUGGAAGACAAUGCAUCAACUACUUGGCUGCAGUUUUGCAACAGUGUAACUUGUUGCCUCUCCGUUUACAGAUGGGUGGUCUGAGGCCAAAAAUUGGUUCCACGGGUGUGUACCUGCUUGAAACGAAUGCUGCUCCUCCGUUUUCUCAAGGAUAAAACAAAAUUGUGCGGUCAAUAACCUUUUCA